CCCGCACCCUGGCUCUGGGUUGCUCCCAGCUCCGGCUCGCAGAAUCAAUCUCGAUCCUGCCCGUGCUUUCUGGACCGAUCUCCAAAACGCUGCUGCCACUGGGACGAUUUUGAUCCCGAUUCUGUCCCAGCCCAAUCCCAUCACUCCCGCCUGUAGCGCCGAUCGACAGCGCCAUGACCAAACGCAACCUGAAGCGAAAGACGGAUCCCAGUGCGUCAUCCGACGCGCCGGCCAAGAAGCCCAAAGGCAAGACAGCCAAGAGCGAGCCCGCGGCUGAGAGCCCGUCCGUCGAUCCUCCGGCCACAGCCGACGCUCCUGCAGCCACACCAGCGCCCAGCGAUGCCAAGUGUGCGCCCAACCCGAACAACACAGCCAUGCCCGAGGCCUACGACAUUCCCGAGACGCCCGAUGGCAAGCGCAAGAUCGUGUCGUACAACAUGGCGAGCUAUGGCUCCUGCGUCAAGAAGGGCUUUGAGGCGUAUCUGAAGGCCGAGAACGCCGAUGUGUUUUGCGUGCAGGAAACCAAGCUUAACGAAGAUCCAGCCAAGUCUGUGUUCGAUAGUCUGUAUCCGUAUCGUUACUGGAGCCACUGCACGACCAAGAAGGGCUAUUCUGGUGUCGGGAUCUUUUCCAAGGAAGAGCCCAUCGAAGUUACGUACGGGAUAGGCGUCAAAGAGUUUGACCUGGAGGGGCGUGUCAUUACCGCCGAGUUCAAAGAGUACUUUCUCAUCAACUCGUACAUCCCAAAUGCCGGAUCAAAGCUGGAGAGACUGGACUUCAAAACGCGAUACAGUGCCGCCAUGGAAAAGUACUUGCGUGAGCUGGAGGCCAAGAAGCCAGUGAUCUGGACUGGAGAUCUCAACGUUGCCCACAAGGAGGUUGACCUGGCUCGUCCCGCCACAAACCACAAAACGGCUGGGUUCACGCCAACGGAGAGAUCGGACUUUACCCGCAUUUUGUCGACCAAGCCCGAGCUGAUUGACACCUACCGACACUUCCACCCUGACGAGACGGGCCGCUACAGCUACUACUCGUUCCGGUUUGACUGUCGCAAGAAGCUUUUGGGAUGGAGAUUGGACUAUUUUGUCACAAGCGAGAGCCUGCUUCCGUCGAUCGUGGACUCGAACAUCCGGAGCGAGGCCUAUGGCGCCAGCGACCACGUGCCGAUCUACAUCAUUCUCUGAUGCAAAGCGCUGAUGCAGAGGGCAGGGGCCGGGCAGCGAGUGCUUCUCGGUCCGCGGAUGCGUGGGAAACAGCGCGACCUCGCCGACACCAUCGCAUCUGGCUGCAUAGCCCGAUCGAACCCACGCCAGGCAUCGACGCUGUUGUUCCCGCUGCUCGCGAGAGAAUGGAUUUGUUCUUUCUUUUGCUUC